GGAUACGAUGAGUUCGUCGUUACGUCAGGAAGGCAACAUGGCGAGCACCGGCGGCUCAACACUGGAAGAAACGAUGCGAUAUGCGGAAUAUUCCUCUAAAACAAAUGUCAGGAGUGAUGCAGAAAUAGACAGGCAGUUGGGAGGGACUCUGAUUGCAGUGGGCCUUGGUGUAGCUGCUGCAGGAUUUGCAGGUCGUUAUGCAUUCCAGCUGUGGAAGCCACUGGGACAGGUUUUCUCUGAAACAGUCAAGAAGAUGCCCUCAUCAGCUUUCUCAUCUUAUUACAAAGGAGGUUUUGAGCAGAAGAUGUCGAGGCGGGAAGCAAGCCUCAUCCUGGGCGUCAGCCCAGCUGCCACAAAGUCUAAAGUACGUGAGGCGCAUCGGAGGAUCAUGGUCCUAAAUCAUCCAGAUAAAGGUGGCUCUCCGUAUCUCGCUGCAAAAAUCAACGAGGCCAAAGACCUGAUGGAAAAGGAGACUCGCCGAUGAUGAUGAUUACUGCUGCAUUAAUGUCAGAACUACAGCUACACUUCCUCUCAGGCUCAUAGAAAACAAAGUACAGAUUAUGAAUUAAACACAUUGUUUUGUCUUUGUUUAUACAAAUAAUCUUUUAAAAGGAAAUAAACUGGUUGUAAAAAAUGUAAAGUCACCCCCUAGUGGUAGCUGACUAAAAUGCAGCUGAGCUCAUUUGUGUAUUAUGAUAAUAAAUUAUGUUAAUAGCAAUGUACAUAUAUUAGCAUGUAAGGUGUUCAAUAAAG